UCAAGAAAAUCAUAUACCAGUUUACCAAACAACAAAUAAUUGAAUAAGGUCAAAUCUAUACGGUACAACCCGCCGCACCAGAAAAUUCGUAGUAGUUUCCGGUUCUUCCACACCGACGAGCACUUUUCAUAAUGUGCGCCUUCCGACGAAGAAAAAACAAAUCAUAUAAUUUGAAAUUAUGCUCCGUACAAUUCUCUAUUUAAACCCACCCUCCUUAAACCCUAAUUUUCCCACGAAUUUUCUCGGGAAAAUGAAUCUUACACUGAUUUUGGCUCCACAUAAAUCCCUUUCUUCAGCUCCUUGUGUGGUUACUCUGUUGCUACUCAAUCUGUAUAACAGAAAAAGUUGAUAGACAGGAAAAGCAAGGAAUUGAAUGUUACUGUUCUUACAUGUUACUCUACUGCGAUCAGGUUUUUCAAGGAAGUUCUUAAAAUAUUAUGGCUGCUCGCAAUAAACCACUUAGACGUGAUCCACCUUUAAUCAAAUGCAGGUGGACCAAAGCUCAGACAUCACCUGAGCUUGCUAGUUUUGUUCGUGAGGAUUAUGCCAUCACCAUUUCUGAUAAUAAUGAUAAGCAAUGCAGCAAAGCAUCUCAACCCAAGACUCCUGGGAUAAUGAGCACUGCUCAGCUGAUCUCAGUGGUUUCCAAUAUAUGGGAUUCUGCAAGUGGUCCUUUGGCUUUUUUCCAACCAAAGGCAAAUUUGAAACACAAGGACUGCAGCAGUCAGGAAGAAGUUAUCUUUGGUACUUUGGGUGGGGAAGAGCAUGGCGAGGUACCUAAUUCAGCUAAGAGUGACUACUUUUGUGUUGAUUUAGAGAGUGCUGGUCAGUUUUCAUCCAUACAAUCAGAUCUGGAUUAUCUGAAAGUAAUCCAGAAGAUGUCAGCUUUUGAAACUUCUUGUAAAAAUAAUAAACAUUCGUCAUUUUGGAGGUUGCUAAAGGGCAAAGAGAACAACAAUGAAUCUUGGAGGGGAAAGGGGAUUUCAAGUGUAGAAAUCUCAUAUGAAUUGGAAAAUGUAUAUGGAUGGGUUAAGCAAAUAAUUCAUGCUCGCUUAAGAUAUCCAAAAAAAGUUAUUGAGGUAGGCAACAGAAGUAAAGAAAACUGUAUUUCAAGAGAUAACGUUAGUCUGGUUGAGGGCAUAAUGGGAGAAAGUACCAGUCCUCCAAAUAAUCUGACCACUGCUAAUGCUGACUAUAAUUCAAAUAUAUCCAAACCCUACAAUUCAUCAUCAUAUUUUGCUGCAGGACUGGAGAGCAAUGCAAGAUACUCUCUGAAUUCAGAUUAUUUCCUUAUGGUUGUCCAAGACAUUAAGGCCGAGAGCAGUAUAAGGACACUGUAUACAGACUAUUAUAUUAACUUACUAGCUUCCCAUAGUGGUGCUUUUGAAGAUAUUGCUGAUGAUAAUGAACUGCUCGAAAACAAAAGGAAAGAACCUGUAAAGCUCGUCAGUGAGGAGGAUGAAUUUAAGAAGGAAAUAUGCUCAUCAGCUGGUGGAAAACCUCAGUAUAGUCUUGCGAAGCAAGAACAUGCCUUUGCAGGAGCAUUGGCUGGCAUAUUUGUUAGUCUUUGUCUACAUCCUGUUGAUACAGUUAAGACCGUUAUUCAAUCUUGCCGCGCAGAACAGAAGUCUGUCUGCUACAUUGGGAAAUCAAUUGUUUCAGAUAGAGGUUUAUUUGGACUUUACCGUGGAAUUGCUACCAAUGUUGCAUCUUCAGCUCCAAUUUCUGCCAUCUACACGUUCACAUAUGAAUCCAUUAAAGGAACUUUGCUUCCGCUCUUCCCCAAAGAAUAUUACCCUCUAGCUCACUGUGUGGCAGGUGGUUGUGCAAGCAUCGCUACUUCUUUUGUUUUUACUCCUAGUGAGCGUAUAAAGCAGCAGAUGCAAGUUGGUUCACACUAUAACAACUGCUGGAAUGCAAUGGUUGGAAUUAUUAGAAAGGGAGGUUUGCCUUCAUUGUAUGCUGGAUGGGGAGCGGUACUCUGUAGAAAUGUUCCACACUCGAUUAUCAAGUUCUACACCUACGAAAGCUUGAAGCAAUUGAUGUCAUUUAGUGCUCAGCCCAACCCAAUUCAAACGCUAGUUUGUGGAGGACUAGCUGGAUCCACUGCUGCUUUAUUCACAACUCCUUUUGAUGUGGUGAAGACAAGACUUCAGACACAGAUUCCUGGAUCCAUGAGACAAUAUAACAGUGUGAUUCAUGCCCUUCAAGAAAUAGGGAAGAAUGAAGGUUUGAGGGGCCUCUACAGGGGAUUGACCCCAAGAUUGGUCAUGUAUAUGUCUCAAGGAGCACUCUUCUUUGCAUCAUAUGAAUUUUUCAAGAGAGUAUUUUCUUUGGAGAUUCCACAAUCCAACAGAGAAAGAAUCCAAAGCCAACGAAGCACGAAAGAUGAUCUAUUAUUACCAUCAUCCUGCGUGACAACAUCCUUAAAAACAUCAUCAUUAUCCUCUACGUCAGCAUCACCAGGCUGCAUGCAUCAUAGUUGAUCUUUAACAGGGGCAAAACCGAAACGUGGAAACCAGUAGUUGAGCAAUUAGUUGGAAAAUUUUGUUUGAUGUGAAAAUAUUUUGUGGGUAAAGGGUGUACAACUGAUGGUAGAUUGAGAGUAUAUCAGCCAACUGUAUAUCACUGGUGUUGUUUGUUAUACAAGAGCGGUUUGAAAAGAAGGUUCUAAUUUGCAGGAAAUAGAGUUGUAGAGAACUUAAAAUUAAUGUUCGAUAUUGUAUAGAACUUCAUUCUUUUUGACCGUCAUAUGGGGAAUAAAAAUCACUAUUUGGCUUGGUACA